AAAACUACACCAACUCGUCACACACAUACGGAGACGAGCAGUGCAAAUUUCCCCAUCACUCAUUCUCUAUUUCGGGAAACAACCCGGGGGUACUGCCGCGGUUAUCCAUCUCUAUACACUCAUCUCAGAUCUCAACCGUCACAAAUCAGCAGCCGAGCCGAGAGGCUCGUCGAGAUGGGGUCUGUCCAGGGCCUUGAACAGCGCCCGCAGAAGGCGGAAGAGGCGACAGUCGCGGUCCCGCAGACCAAUGGCCUAGCAAGAGCAGCAGCGUCGACGGCGGCGACGGCGGCGACGGCGGCAACGGCGGCAAGCGAGGAGGUGGUGCUGCUGGCAUGGCUCAUCGUCCUCCUCCGGACGCGGGAAGACCACCAGUUCACCUUUGAGUGGGCAUACUACCGGACAGGAAGAACGGAAGCGGAGACGGGAGAGGGUGGCGGCGGCGGGGACAAGCUGUCUAGCGUGGUACGGCUGUCGGCGAGCGAGGUCGUGCCGGACCUGAGCACGCGCGUGGACCGGGCGGCGUCGGCUAUUGCGAGCCGGAUCGCGGCGUCCUCGCCGAGGCCGCGGACUGGUCCCAUCUCGCUCCUGCUCAGCACCGGUUCUCUGUCCCCCCAGGGCAGCAGUAAGGGGGAAGGAGAGGAGGAGGCCAACAAGGACGAGCCGUCCCUACAUGUCGAGGUACACCUCGGGGGCGGCGGCGACGGCGGCUCAGCGGUAGAGGUCCGGCCGGUGUGGCACAGCGAGGACAUGCUCCCGUUUACGGUUCGGCGGCACGUCGAGAACCUCAAGGAGACGGUGGGCCAGUGCCUGUCGCGGCCCGAGGCGGAGGUGAAGAGCCUGCUGGGGCCGACGGAGCACGACCUGGAUCAGAUCUGGGGGUGGAACGGCGAGCUGCCGCCGACGUACGACUGCUGCAUGCACGAGGUCGUCUCGGAGCGGGCGCGGCGGCACCCGGACAAGGAGGCCAUCUCGUCCUUUGACGGGCGGCUGACGUACGGGCAGGUGGACGGGUACUCGACGGCGCUGGCGCGGCGGCUGCGGGCCGAGCUGGGCGUGCGGCUGCACGACGUGGUGCCCGUGUGCUUCGAGAAGUCGAGGUGGACCGUCGUCGCCGUGCUCGCCGUCCUCAAGGCCGGGGCCACCAUGGUCAUGAUGGAUCCCAGCCUCCCGCUCGGCCGCCUGCGGAACAUGGCCGGCCAGGUGGGCGCCAAGGUCAUGGUCUCGUCGCGGAAGCAGCGCGGCCUGGCGGAGAGCAUUCUCGGCAUCAGCAGCAGGAUCGUGGUGGUGGAGGAGGAGACGUUCGCGUCCGUGUCCUUGGAGAUUGACAGAGUAGAGGGGACAAAAGAAGAAGAGCUGCCGCGGGUGCCGCCGUCGACCAUCAUGUACAUCAUCUUCACGUCCGGCAGCACGGGGACGCCCAAGGGGGUGCAGAUCUCGCACCGGACGUACUCGAGCAGCGCGUUCCCGCGGGCGCGGGCGGUCGGGUACGCCGAGGACUGGCGGGUGCUCGACUUCGCGUCGUACGCCUUCGACGUGAGCAUCGACAGCAUGAUGCUGACGCUGGCCAACGGGGGCUGCCUGUGCAUCCCGUCGGACGAGGAGCGGCUGGACGACAUCAACGGGGCCAUGCGGCGGAUGCGGGUCAACUACGCCGGCAUCACCCCCUCGGUGGCCCGCAUCCUCGACCUCGACGUCAUCGACUCGCUCCGGGGGGGGCUCGGGCUGGGCGGCGAGGCCGUGUCGGCGCGCGACGUCGACGUCUGGGGCCGCCACGCCCGCAUCGUCAUCGGCUACGGGCCCUGCGAGUGCACCAUCGGCUGCACCGUCAACCCGAGCGCGGCCACGGGGCGCGGAUACAUCUCGAUCGGCCGGGGCAACGGCGCGGCCAUCUGGAUCGUCGACCCGGCCGACCACGAGGUGCUCGUGCCCGUCGGCGCCGUCGGCGAGUUGUUGGUCGAGGGACCCAUCGUCGGCCAGGGCUACCUCGGCGACCCGGAGAAGACGGCGGCGGCGUUCGUCGGGGCCCCGCGCUGGCUCGCCGCCGGCCACGGCUCCGGCUCCGGCUCCGGCCGCUACCCGGGCCGCGGCGGUCCCGAGGUGCGCCUGUACAAGACGGGCGAUCUCGGGAGGUACGACCCGGACGGGUCGGGCGGCAUCGUCUUCGUCGGCCGCAAGGACACGCAGGUCAAGCUGCGCGGGCAGCGGGUCGAGCUGGGCGAGAUCGAGAGCCAGCUGAGGGCCCGGCUGCCGCCCGAGACGACCGUGAUCGCCGAGGUCAUCACCCCGUCCUCGUCCUCGUCCUCGUCCUCGCAGGCCGUUCUGGUGGCCUUCGUGGCACCGCGGCCCGCCAACGCGCACGGGCAGGAGGUGGCGCUCGAGACGGUCGAACUGGGCCCGGAGCUGGGCGCGGCCCUGGCCCGGGCCGACCGCGAGGUGGCCGAGGUGCUGCCGCGCUACAUGGUGCCGACGGCCUACAUCCCCGUCAGCCGCAUCCCGACGCUCAUCUCGGGCAAGACGGACCGCAAGAAGCUGCGGCAGUUUGGCGCCGGCGUCGACCUGCGGCAGAUGACGGCCGAGGCGGCGGCGGCAUCGGCGGCGGCGGCAUCCACGGAGGACCGGCUGCGGCAUGCCUGGGCGCGCACGCUCCGGCUGGACCCGGAGACCAUCGGGGCGGCCGACAACUUCUUUGCGCUGGGGGGUGACUCGCUGGCGGCCAUGCGGCUCGUGUCGGUGUGCCGCGAGGGCGGGCUCGACCUCAGCGUCGUCAAGACGUUUUCCAACCCGACCCUGUCGGCCAUGGCCGCGCCGGCCGAGGAGGUCAUCAAGGAGGCGGCUCGGGCCUGCGGCGUCGACGUGGCCGAGGUGCAGGACAUGUACCCGUGCACGCCGACGCAGGAGUCUCUCUUCACCUUCUCGCUCAAGUCGGCCGAGCCCUACGUCGCCCAGCGGGUGGCCGCCAUCCCCGCCCACGUCUCCCUGGGCGCGUGGAAGCGGGCGUGGGAGGCCGUGGUGGCGGCGACGCCCGUCCUGCGCUCGCGCCUGGUGCAGAUCCCCGACCGUGCCGGGCUCGACCAGGUCGUGCUCGCCGAGGGAAUCCGGUGGCGGCACGUUACCAUCGCCGUCGCCGACGGCCUGGACCGCUACCUCGAGCAGGACCGGCGCGAGCGCAUGGACUUGGGCCAGAGCCUGGCCCGCUACGCCAUCGUCGAGGUCGAGGGCGAGGGCGGACAGCAGCGCUACAUGGUCUGGACCCUGCACCACGCCGUCUACGAUGGCUGGUCCGAGCCGCUGCUGCUCGAGCAGGUCCGCGACGCGUUGAAGAAUGAUGACAACAAACACCAGGAGGAUAUUAACGGCGAUGAUGACGGCGUCACCAACAACAACAACAAUAACAAGAACGAUAAAACGAGCAGACCCAAUUCCCCCACCCCCACCAUGGCCGACUUCGUCCAGUUCCUGCGCGAGACGGACGAGGCCGAGACCCGGGCGUUCUGGCGCCGGGAGCUCCAGGGGGCGACGGGCCCGCAGUUCCCGCGGGUGCCCUCGCGCGACUUCGUCCCGACGGCCGACCGGAUCGUGGAGCGGCGGAUAUCGCUGCCCCCCGGCGCCGUCUCGGCCCUCCCCUUCACGCUGGCGACCCUGAUCCGGGCCGCUUGGGCGCUGGUGUCGUCGCGUCACACCCUCAGCGGCGACGUCGUCUUUGGCGAGACCCUCACGGGCCGCGACGUCGCCCUGCCCGGGGUCGAGGCCAUCGCGGGCCCCCUGAUCGCCACCGUCCCCGUGCGCGUGCGCGUGCCCUGGGGUCGCCGCGGCAGCGCCGGCGCCGGCACCGUGGCUUCCUUCCUCGCCUCCGUCCAGCGGGCCGCCCUCGCCCGUACCCCUUUCCAGCACAUGGGCAUGCAGAACAUCCGCCGCGUCAGCCGCGACGCCCAGUACGCCUGCGAGGCGCCCACCGGUCUCGUCAUCCAGCCCCUGCCCGACGAGGACCGCAUCGCCGCCCUCGCCGACCUCGGCUUCGGUCCGGGCGACCCCGUCCGCGAGGCCAUCCACUUCAACCCCUACCCGCUCAUGCUGGCCUGCGGCAUCGAGCCGGGAGUAGGAAGCCAGCACGCCUUCCGCGUCUGCGCAAGCUUCGACGGCUCCCUGCUGACCGACGACCAGAUGGGCCGCGUCCUGGCCCAGUUCGAGGCCGCCUGCGUUGGGCUCGCCACGGGCGACCUCGACCGGAGCCUCGACGACGUGUCCUGCCUCCCGGCCGACGACCUGGCCGCGAUCUGGCGCUGGAACCGCGACCCGCCCCUCCUCACCCCGGACCGGGCCACCGGGCGCCUCCGGACCGACCCUGUCGCCGUCCGCCCGGGAGCCGUCUACGCUCCGCGCGCCGUGGUCCCCUGGGUCUGCGACCUGGCCAACCCGUCCUCCCUGCUCGCCCCGAUCGGCUGCCCCGGCGAGCUGUGGCUCGAGGGGGGGUUCCUCACCGGCGACGACGUGGUCGACUCGCCCCCCUGGCUCCUGGCCGGUGCUCCGGGCGAGACUGCCGGCGGCCGGAGGGGCAAGGUCGCGCCGACGGGCGACGUCGUCGAGCUCCGCGAGGACGGCCAGCUGGUGUAUCUGGGCCGCAAGGACGGCGACGGCGCCCUGGCCAUCCUCCGGGGCCUCGGAGCCGAUCCGGCCGAGCUCGAGGCUCACCUGUCGGCAUACCUCCCGCCCUCGUCGACUCGUGCCGCCGCCGUGCCCGUGCCCGUGCCCGUGUCCGUGUCCGCUACGACCGAGGAGGAGGAGGAGGAGGAGGAGAGCAACAGCAACUCCGUCUCCCGGCAAAACCUGAUGGUUCUUAUCCAGCAUCCCCGGACGACCUCGCCGGAGUCCGAGUCCGAGCCCAGUAGCAUCAUCAGGGUCCUGCCCGAGGACUACCGUGUCCCCCUCCCCGAGGGAGUAUUCGAGGCCGUCGUCUGCGCUGAGCUGCCCCUCGACCUCGCCGGCCGGCUCAAGAGGCUCGACAAGUACGCCCAAAACUCGCUCGCGUCCCACCUGGUGCCCUCGGCCUACGUCGUCGUCGACAAGCUGCCCGCCAUCGAGGGAGGGGAAGGUGGUGAGAUCGAUCGCCCUCUUCUCCAGAAGCUCGCCUCCAGCAUCCCGCGUCAGGUCCUCGACCGGCUCCGCGAGGGCCUCGAGGCCGCGUGGAAGAGCAGCAGCAGCAGCAGCAACUUCCUCCCUACGCAGCAGCAGCAGCAGCCCACGACGACGACAACAAUGACAACGACGAUAAAGACAAACGACGGCACCACGAACACGACGACAACAACAAGUCCGACAGCGGUUGCCCAAGACAUCCUGCGCAACGCCUGGGCUGGCGUCCUCGGCCUCGACGCCGGCCAGAUCGACGUCGACGACAACUUCUUCCGCCUCGGCGGCGACUCGGUCCUGGCCAUGAAGCUCGUCUCGCGCCUGCGCGCCCGGGGACACAAGCUGACCGUGGCCGACAUCUUCCGGCACAUGCGCCUCGGCGACGCCGCCAAGGUGCUCAAGGUCAACAACAGCAGCAACAAGAGCGGCGACAACAACUCGUCGUCCUCUCCUGGCGACGCCAACAACAACAACACCACCACCACCGCAGCUGCCGCCCCGGCCCCGUCCCCGGCCCCCGCCUCCGCCUCACCGCCGCCCUACCGGCCUUUCUCGAUGCUGUCGUCACCAACAACAGCAGCAGCAGCAGGAGGAGGAGGAGGAGGAGGAGGAGGAGGAGGAGACCCCCAGCGGUUCGUCGAGGAGGUCGUCCGGCCGCAGCUCGGCGACCCCAACUGGGCCGUCCAGGACGUGUACCCGGCCACGGACUCGCAGAUGCUCGACGUCCGGGCCACCAUCCGGCCGCCGCGGACGUCGGUCCAGUACACGAUGCUGUACUCGGACCCGAGCACCGGCACCGGCUUCGACCGGCCGCGGCUGCUCCGGGCCUGCGCCGCCCUCGUCGCCGCCCACGACAUCCUGCGCACCGUCUUUGUCCAGCACGCCUCGGCCCUCUACCAGGUCGUCAUCGACAAGGCCCAUCUCGACGUCCCCGUCGCCGUGGUCCGGGCCGCCGCCGAGAGCGAGGAUCUCGAGCACGCCGUCCGCGCGCACUGCUCGGCCCACGUCGAGUCCGAGGAGGCCUUCCGGCUGGGCUCGCCCAUGGUCCACUUCUUCCUCGUCGAGGAGAGUGUCGAGGAGACGGAGGAGGUGGGCGGCGAGCCGAGAAGAAGAAGAGAAAGAAGAGACUGCCUGGUGAUCUGCCUGUCGCACGCGCUCUACGACGGCGUCUCGCUGCCCGCGCUGCUGCGCGACCUCGACGGGCUCUACACGAGCGGCGCCGCCAACACACCGUCGUCUACCCCUUCGGCCCCGUUCUCCUCCUACCUCGCCCGCGCCCGCGCCGAGCCCGCCCGGUCCGAGGCGCUCGCCUACUGGAAGACCCUCCUCGCCGGCUCCUCCCUCUCCGUCCUCCCGGGCCAGACGACGACGACGACGACCGCUAGCAGCAGCAGGGCCAUCUUCCACUUCAACCCCGUCCCAUCCUCUUCUUCUUCUUCGUCUUCUUCACCCAAUGGUGAUGGACCCGCCCUGAACGGGACGACAACAACGACGAACGACGACUCGCCCGUGGCCACGACGGCGACGCUGCUGACGGCCGCGUGGGCGCUGGUGCUCGCGCGGCGGCUGCGCAACCCGGACGUCACCUUCGGCGCCGUCACGUCCGGGCGGGCCGCCGAGGCCGUCACCGUUCCCGUUCCCGUCGCCUCGGGGCGAGGAGGAGGAGGAGACCAGGGGGACGAGGCGGAGGCGGCGGUGGUGGCGGGCCCCUGCUACCAGCUGACGCCGGUGCGGGUGCCCUUUGCGCGCGGCUGGGCCGCCGCCGACCUGCUGGCCUACGUGCAGCGGCAGGCGGCCGAGUCGUCGGCGCACGACUUUGUCGGCUUCUCUGCCGUCGCCGAGGCCGUCGGCUGGACGUCGUCUUCGUCGAUGUGGACGGGGACGAACAACAACAACAUCUUCUUCGACUCGAUCGUGCACCACCAGGACUGGGAGGACUUUGACGAGAUGCCCUUCGCCGGCGGCCGCUGCGCCGUCGACAUCCUCAACCCGCACGGCGACGCCGCCCGGCCGCUCAAGGCCGUCUCCUUUGUCCGCGACGGCCGCCUCCACGUCGGCGUCGUCGGCAGCGAGCACGACGCCGCCCUCGACGACCUCCUCGCCCAGCUGACCGCCGCCGCCCAGCUGUUGUUGCUCCGCGCCGGCGGCGACUCCCGCGAGCCGCUGCUCCCCGACGACGUCUUUGAGACUGCCAGGGAGUGA